ACAGUAAAUCCAUUGUUGAGAGGUUAUACCCUUUAUAUUAAAUAAUAUACUGUGAACCUGAAUGCAUACACUCCAGUAUUUUUUGUUUGUUAUUCUUAUGCAUUGUGAUGCACAAAAAUUUUCUAUAAAAGUUUCAAAUAAUAAUCAUUCAUGUAAUAAAAUUAUAACACAAAAACCAUAAGACACUACGCGCACAUUUCAGUCGUCAGCACUGCGUCAUGUGAUAAAAUGUAUGUGAUGUGAACUAGUCGAAUAUGCAUUCUUCAUUCUGAUUCAGGUCAUUUGCAAUUAUGAGACUUCUCCCAUUAUUUUUAAUUAUUCAAUACAUGAAUUUAUAUUGAAAAAUUAAAGUGCACUUUGGACGUGACAGCUAUAAACGGUACACUAAAUCCGUUUAUUAACUUAUAAAAUGGUUGGUGAUCAAGCAAAGGACCACAGUUCCAAAACAAGUGAAAAUACAAACAAUAAAUUCACAGAAUCAUUAGGACUGACAACCAGAAUUGCUCUUGAAACAUUACAACGUGACAUUAAAAGAGUUUUGCAAGAAUAUGAAGAAGAUUGCAGAAGAAACAAAAAAUAUAAAGCUUGGCUAAAGGAUACUUUACAUCAUCGUAGUCAGUAUACAACUCUUUGUUGGACUUCAGCAAUCGCACUUUUGAUCAAUGCCAUUAUUCUUGUUAUCGCAUUCUUCACAGUCAACGAGACAUGGUACCUUACACUGCCUUACGAAGGACUGACAGUCUGUUGUUUAAUAGUCUUAAAUUUUAUUUUAGUUGUAUCAGAUAACAAAUUACGACAUAAAGAAAUUCCUCAUAGAGUACGAAUACUUAUUGAUCAACUAGAAGUCGCAAAACAUUCUUGCCAAUGGGUUUCUGAAAAUUACCCACAUUUAUGUAGUCCCUUGUCUCCUUGUUUAACUUUGCAAUGGACUUAUCGAGAUGGUCAUAUAGUAAAUUUGCCAUGGGCAUUAUUAGUUGCCGGAGACAUAAUUGUAAUGAAACCUGGGCAACAAGCACCUGGCUACUGUGUUCCUUAUGAGGAUACGGAAGCACCAGUGUUGCAUGUAAGAGAAGUAUAUAGUCCACAAGUUCAUAGUGCAAAUGAAAUUUUCUCAACGCCACAGGCACGAGCACCAUUAAAAAAUAAAAUUUAUAAACUUCAAGAAACCCCGUAUUUGAUGAAUCUCAGAAUGGCCCUUGAUCAAGCUCUUGACAGACCAGUCACAUAUCAUAAUCGCAAACGACACCUUUUAAUGAUAUGUUGCAUUGAACAACUUGCCUAUCCAAUUCUUCUAAUUAUUGUAUUAAUUGUAAAUUUGUUCCGAUAUUCAUAUUUGUCUGAAUAUUUUGGUGUUGGUCAUUGGAAUGAAAUGUUCUUGCUACAACCAAUUGCUAUUAGCAUUCCUUUACUUCCAUUAGUAUUCCCGAUCUGUUGGAUUUUUCUGAAUUGUUUUGGAAUGGCAAGAUUUAAAGCUUUAUUCAAACUUUAUCAGUCAUCAAAGAAACUGCAGUUUGUUGAUCCUUUCGAGGAUACAGAUAUCUCUGGUCCAAGUUAUCCAGAAGUAGUAUAUAAUUGGCUGGAACUUAAAGAAUAUUUUUUCAAUAUUCUUUUUGGUAAGGAGCAUAUGAUGUCAAGAUCUGCAAGUAUCUUACACGUUUUAGGAUCAGUAACGGCAUUGUGUUGCGUGGAUAAAAAAGGAAUUCUUUCGUGGCCUAAUCCAACAGCAGAGAAAGUAUUUUUCUUACGGAAUGCCAAUACUUUAUCUCCAUCUUCAAGCACUGGUAGUUUAGAUAAAACAUCUGAACAUCAAUGCCAAACUCAAACUGAAGAUUCUAAACAGUAUUCAAAUAAAACAUCUUAUGUUCAACAUGACAUGUCUCAUUCAACAGCUGAAGUUUUGGAUCUUACCCAUGAUCAUGCUUUGCCAUUUCGUCUACAAUUUGACGAUCAUGCUUGGAGACAGCAUUUGAAUUCGUUAAAACCACUAGGUCUAGCAAUUCUACUCAACACUUGUAACAUGCAAACACAAGAACAUUAUAUGCAGUUUUGUUGCCAUGUCACUUGUGAAGCUCUCUAUAAUGAGAAUCUUGUACCGGUUACAAACAGACGCUACCAGGAUCACAGUAUAGAAGAUAAGAGUGGGUAUCAAGCGAAAGAUACAAUACAAAGUUCAAGACAGGUGUAUUUAGUGGACGAAUCAGGGAGCCUUGGACAGAUGUGGUGCCUAUGUGAAUUAGCGAAGCAGAUAGGUUUCCAAGAGCAGGCCCAAAAUAUAUUCCAAUUAGAACAACAGUUGUCCACGUUUAGGCAUGUUCAACCAGAAAUGGUUCGUCGCGAUAUAAAAUUUGCAAGAUCUUUAAGUAUUGCAACGAAGUUAAAAUUUCCUUUUCCGCAUAUGGUCGCCGUGGUAGUUAAAGAACGCAGUGGAGGUGGUUUACAAUUAUUAACACAAGGUACAGCAGACAUAAUUUUGGAUUCGUGUAUUGAGUUUUGGGAUGGUCAUGAUCUCUGUCCACUUUCUGCAUCUGAUAGAAAAAAGGUGCAAGAUUUUUAUCAAAGGACAAGCUUAACAUCAUAUUGCACUGCAUUUGCAUAUAGACCAUUAACACGUGGUAUUAGCAAUAAAAUGUCCAAAAUAUAUUUAGAGCUUCCUGCAGACAGCAAACAUUUGUAUACACCUCAUAGAAGUCCCACUCCAUUACCUUGGGACUUUAGAAACGUUCUUGAUCCCAGAGUAAAAGGUAUUCUAGGACAAUUUCAUUCAACUGAUUCUUUACUAUGCAAUGAAAAUAAGGAUGAUAACAUAAGUGACGUCGAAAGUUGUUUCGAAAUUCAAUGUAAUCAAGUCUUUAUUGGAAUGGUCACUAUGCAAUAUCAAGCACAAACAGACAUGGUACAAUUAAUCGAACAACUUGACAGAGCUUGCAUACGUUUCGUUCACUUCAGCAAAGAGAACGAAUUACGAUCUCGGGUGUUUUCGGAGAAGAUGGGACUGGAAAGUGGAUGGAACUGUCAUAUUUCGUUGCUCAGUGAGAGAGCUAGGUCCGAGAGUCCAGUGGGUUGGUGGGUGAGCCAGGCAGCAGCCAUGUCCUCACCCACUCCCUCGGCCCAAUCUCAUCAGCAUAAUUACUCCUGCAUGGAUGAGGCCAGCCACUUGCUUAAUCGUGUCUCUCCUCGCACCAAUUUGGACACUAGCCGUGCCAUGAGCAUGUCCGCGCCCAGUGCCAUAAACACAGACUUCUCCACUGUGAAAUUUGACGACGAGACCACAGAGUGGAACGACACAGGAUUAUCUCAAGUGAAGAGUGCUAUGAGCCACAGUCUAAAUCACCUAGUACAAAGGAUCGCGAGAACUGGAUCGUCACACUUUUCAGAACAAGAUACGGUAAGAAGCGAAGAUAGUGUACUAGUGCAAAGCGUAGAUCUAGGAUCUGGUCAAGAAGCAUGGCGAUCCCUGAGUUGUCUUACAGAUAGUACAGAGCAAAGUGCUCCUGUGAAUUUCGAUUUAUCGAACAGGGCAAAAUUACCACGGGGUAUCGAUAAGAUUCGACCACAUUUAGAGCUAAUAGACAAUGUACCUUUGUUGGUAUCCUUGUUCACUGACUGCAACACUGCUGUUACAAGAGAAAUGUUGCAUAUUAUGCAAGAUUACGGAGAAGUGGUUUGCGUUCUGGGUUCUUCGGCAAAUGCAGAGAACAUGCCUAUUUUUAUGCAAGCGGAUGCUGGAGUGGCAGUAGAACCAUUAUACCCACAAGUUUGUCAGAGGGUUCCUGUAUUAACCCCGACGAGAGAAGAGCAAGGCCCAUCUCCUGUUGACAUAAGCAGAGCAUUAAAUUCGAUUGCUUGUUCGUUAAGCGUCAAACGUGAAGAUCCAAUCGCGAUAUUCCAUUUGAUUAUGGAGGCUCGUCAUUACAUGAAGUGCCUUUGGAAUUGUGUGCAAUUCUGGCUCUGUUGUACAGUUACUCUCUCCUUCACUCAAGCGUUGUCUAGUUUCCUAUUGCUACCACCAUUAUUCUCUGUUGAUCAAGUGUUAUGGUUGAGUUGUUUAAUCAUUCCAAUGUUAUCAAUAUCCAUGAUCGCCACACCAAAAGAUCCUACCAUAAUGCAACGUGCUACAGGCAAGAAUCAAUGCACCAUAAAUGGACAGAUUGCAUUGUUCGUUCUUUGGUGUUAUGGUAGCAAGUUUGUACCAACAAUUAUAACUAUAGUUUUAUCGCAGUGUAUUUCGUUUUUAACUUUGUGCCCUAUUUACACAACCACGGAUUCCAAGUGUCUUUAUGUAUAUCCCGAGUCACGGGGAGAGGUUUCUUGGGGUGGAUGGGGUGCCAAACCAAACAUCAUUUUAGUGGUGCAGCAUUUCGCUUUGUCAUUAUUAGUUUUACAUUUAGUAACGAUAUCUAUAGGCUUUGUACAUAGAGAGUAUUCUAUUUGGAGGAAACAACCUUUCAACAAUUUUGUGUGGUUUCUAAGUGCAUUUAUAGCAUUGUGCGCACAAGCAGCAUUCUCAGGGACUGUAUUUUGCACAUUUUGGAAGGAGGAGGGUGUAAAGAUCGAAGAUUUUCCUGUUCACCUCCCUUUAUUUUUCUUAAUGUCUUUACCACUCAUUUUCCUGAUUAAUGAGUUAAUUAAAUGGCAAGAAAUUAAAGUGAAUGUAAGGUAUCAAAAAAGAGCUCGAUUAGAAUUUGGUACAAAGCUCGGUAUGAAUUCACCGUUUUAGAGAUAUUAAUAAUUAUUGAAUGAAGUGAAAAGUCCCGACACAACAGGUGAAACAAUCGAAUGGAGUAUUCAAAUGUCACAUAAUACCGCCGCUGUAUUACGCUGCGAACGUCGUCUAAACCAUUAAUUUAUUUUUUAUUUGUCGCAAAUGCGUUCAUGCUGAACAUCUAUCCAUUUUAUAGAAGAAUAGAAAGUUUAUUUAUAUAAUAUGACAGUAAAAUGUAUACAUUUAUUUGGAUAGUUACAAAACUAUUUGACACUUUGAAAGUGUUUUAAAAAUCUAUUUGAAAAUUAAUUAAAUCGCGGGAAUCUUUACAGCCUCGCAAACUAAUUAUAUUAACACUCAAUAUGAGAUACUUUUAAAUCACGUAGAAUUGUUUUCAUAAUUCGAUAAAUGAAUAUCAAAAUAUUUCUAUUUUUGUAUAAUACGAAUAUAAUAUUUUACAUUUUAAGGGUUAAUGUGCUGAGAAACAUUAGCAUAUACUAUUUCGAGCUUAUAAACUGUCAUAUAUUGAACUUUUGAGUUGUUACUAUUCAAUGCUUUCAAAAUUUUAUGAAAAGGUAAUCUUAGGUCGAAGAAAAAAUAUUUAUUUAAGCAAAUUUUAUAUUUUAAAACAUAUGGAUUCGAAGUUUAUUUAAUAAUAAUUAUGUAUUAUUAAUUUGUAUUUUGAACAUUUUAAUUUAGUAUUUAUUAUGUACAGUAGCAACAUUUAUACAAAGAGUAGCACAUAAACCAUUAUAAUAAUUGCUGAUAUUUAAAGUUAAUCAAUUUUAUAUUAUUUACAGUGAAUGUGAACGGGUAUACUUUUUUCGUUUUGUCGUGUUCCUAUAGAAAGUAAUUUAUUUUUAGAAACCGAACUAUCGUCCUGCUUUAACAAAUUUUUUUAUGUGUACUUUUAGAUAUUACGUUGCGUGGUUAGUAAUCAUUAUUUUACAUUUGUACUUUUUAAUAAGUGGCUUGUAAGUCACUGUAAUAUAUAAUUAUAAUGUAAAUGAAAGAGAAAUGAAAAUUUAAAAUAAGUCACUAUAGAAAAAAAUAAAUAAUGUAAUGUUUCGGCGUAUUUUAUUAUUUAUAUAAUAUGUGAUAGAAUUUUGUCUCUGAUUUUAUUUGAACUGCAUUCUGUUUGUACAAUUAUACAAAAAUGUUUUUAUAUGAUAAUGUAUUUUAAUUUUAUUGUGUACACUGUUUAUUACACAGCUAUGUAUAGUUAAAAUGUAAACUUAUACAGAUCAUUUACAAUCUGAACAAAUAAUUUCAAUUGUAAAGAAUGAAUUUCUAUAAAGUUACUGUUUUAUCUGUAUUACUAAUUCUUUUUAUGAUCGAUUUUUAUAGAAGUGAUUGGUGAAUCGAGUUAAAUGUAAAUGAUUGUGAAGAAAUUUGGAAGUUUAAAAUAAAAUUAUCCUUGGUACUAAUUGCAUAUUUUUAUUCUCAUUUUUAUAUUUUUAUAUCUCGCGUAUGACACUUCGAUUAAAAAAAAAUAAAAAAUAUUGCAUCA